UAAGUAGAAAAUAAUUACACCAACCUGUAUCUAGCUUGUGUUUCUCGGCGUGAAGGACCCGGAGGCUCUCCAACAACGCAAAUUAUUUAAAAAAAACUGACUAAUUUUUUUUUAAAAAGAGAUUUAAAAAAAACUAGAACAAGCGAGAUACAACCUACGUCGUCUGCAGACUGGCCUGGAAUGCCCUGACGAGUCUUGAAAGUGGGGGUAUUUAUAGGUGACGCUUUCCUUAUUCGUGGUGUUAUUACGCCUUAGCGCAGAAAAUAGUCCCUGUGAUCAUCAACAUUUAUUUGGAUUUAUCAAGAAAAUCACCCCAUUUUGCAUUGAGGGAAUAAUUCAGAAUUAGUACCAAACAAUUGAAAUAGUGAUUUAUUUAUUAAAAUUGUGAAAAAAUGACAAAAUUAGUAGAAAAUCAAUACUUUUUCGAAACAAUAGUUUUUGUAUAGGAAGUUGUUCUACGGCCGCCCCCCUUCCAUCUUCUCUUUUUAAAGUGACGCUUUCAUCAGCUGCUCAACGUCAUCUGCUAAAAUACAUGGCUUUUGAAGAGAAACGAAACAAAAAGAUUUUUUAAUUAAGGAGCGGUAAAUAAAAGGAAGAAAAUAAAUAACAAAAGAAGAAUUAAAAAUAAAUAAUAUAAUAAAAAUAUGAGACGUCGAAAGAAAAAGAAAUAGAACGUUUUUCUUUCAGUUAAAAAGACACUGUGGAACCUAAAGGGGGAAUCGACCUCUGCAAAUUCAUGCUAUGAAGAAUAUAAUGUGGUCUGAAAAGAAGUCGAGAUGUAUAGUUUCGUAUUGUAUACCAGUAGUUUCCAACUGGAUAGUAUCGCCGGAUUUUACUGUAGUUAAGAAAAAACUACGUACAUAGAAAUUUAGCGUGAUAAUUAUGAAGUUUUUAUCAUCAAAGAACAAAAAUGGCAAAUAAUUCCGUUAAAACAGAUUCAAUGGUGGUCGAGCCGGAGCAAAAUAAAUUCCCCUUGAUUUUCAUGUUUAUUUCUAUAAAUGUGUCUUUUUAUUGUUUAUACAAGGCCAAUUUACGAAAGGUAUUUUUAGAAACUUGUUACUUUCUAAUCAUAUCAACAACAAUUCUAAUAAUACUUGAAUUUGUGAAGAGAUUUUCAUAUUUUUUUGAUGAUUUAGUAAAAAUUAAUUCUGAACCUGAAGGAAAUUUGAUGAAAAUUAUUGAAACAUCUUUUUCAUUUAAUAAUCUUUCGACUACAAUCAUCUUUUUAGUUAUUGCUGCUUUUCUGACACUGAUUAUAAAUCUUCAUAAUGGUUCAACAUCAUUUUCGUUUUUGGAGUGUAAAGAAAAAUACACUUUCCCUGCAAUCGCCUUUUUUUCUGCACUUUGUUUUUCGUAUUUAUUAAUGGACUUAAUAAAAAUUAACGAAUGCAGAGCACAAAAGCUAAACGAUUUUUAUAAUUUAGGAGGUUUAGAUUAUGGAAGUUCUAUGGCUUGCAGCUAUUUUUAUGGUUAUUUAAAAAUUAUUCUUCCACCAGAUGGAAAAGAACAUACAGGUCUUAAAGGGAGAAUUCAAAAUUUUGAAGACAAACAUAAUGUUUCUGUACCUGUGAAAAAAUUAUUUAUUCUUAUUCCGGAUUCAUUUUACAUACCUACAGAUUUGGGCGAAUUGUCAAACAAUGAACUUGAAGUCAUACCCAAAGGUCUUGAUUAUGACGUAUUGCAGCAAAAUAGAGCAGGCGUUUAUAAGCGUCAUUAUAAAAAUACAAUUUAUAAAAUAAUUCCAGGAGGAUUAGGAAGUGGACAGAAAAAUACCAUUCACAUUGUUACUGAAGGAGCUACUCCAAUGUUGACCUUCUUUGAAGUUAAACAACAAUCUCACAGAUACUCGAGCACGUACAGAGAAUUUCAAAAUGAAAUUAGAAAAUCCUUUUGUACAACUUUACAAAAUCUUCUAAAUGACAAUCCAGAUUGUCGCGAUUUAUGUGAAUUAGUUUACUACGAGGAUUAUGACGCAAAGGGAAAGAAAGUGGAUAUUGCGAAAAUUCUUUUACAAAGAAUUGAAAAAAAUUUGGAAAAUGAAUAAUUGUUAUGAGAAGAAUAGUGUGAUAAUCUUUGUACUAUUUUUAGUACAAAAAUGCAUUUAAUAAUUUAGAUAUUUUAUAAAAUGAAAAUUAUUUUCUGGUGCCAGAAAAAAAUAUUGUAAGUGAAAAUUUUUCAUUUACUUCAUUUAUUUAUGUGAUAUAUAAUGUACCGUGUGGUAAUUUCUAAUGGACUGAAAAUAUUUUUUAAUAUCUUUAUAUAAAA